AUGACCAACCCGACCCCUCUCACUUCAGUGGUCUACAACCCAGAGAUUGUGGGAGGUCUGGCACCACAGGACAUAGCAGGGCUGGGAUGCCCGGACAAACUAUACCUUAGAGAAUGGUGCUCCAAUGGGCAAUUUAAACCUUUGGAAACCCUGAUCUCCCAGGCACACCCAACGGGGCUGCUUCACUACAGGUUCCACCAAAUUCAGCACUAUCACAGCACUCUACCGGGUAAACAUCUUGAAAACAGUGACUUAACCCACUUCAAGACCCUUUGCUCUGCGGAGACGCACCAGCCGAGGGGAAUCUCUGCGCUGUACGCCAUACUUCUUGAGGCCACUCGGAGCCUGCCGGUGACAUACCAAUCCAAGUGGGAACUGGCAACGGGGUCCACUCUGUCAGACUCCUAA